UUCUCAUAAUCAUAAACCAUGAAAACUCCUUCAAAUUCAACUCAUCUCUCUUUCUUUCUCCUUCUCAUCUUGUCAUGCUCAUCAGCAGCUUUUGCUGAUAGGCAAGACAAUUUUCUUAAAUGUCUCUCCAAAACAAGCAACUACUCCUACUUUUCAAAUGAUGUCUACACUCCUGCAAACUCAUCUUACACUUCCAUCCUCCAAUUCUCCAUCCGAAAUCUUAGAUUCGCGUCGUUAUCCACUCCUAAACCGCAAGUGAUCAUAACCCCAGAACACGAAUCCCAAAUCCCGCCUGUCAUACGUUGCGCCAGGCAAAGUCGCCUGGAGAUCAGAACGCGGAGCGGCGGCCAUGACAUGGAGGGAUUGUCUUAUGUCUCCCGAGUCCCGUUUGUGGUACUUGAUUUGAUCAAUCUCAGUGAAGUCACAAUCAACGUGGAGAAGAAAACAGCGUGGAUUGAAGCAGGUGCAACCACCGGUAUCGUAUACUACAAGAUUGCAAAAAAGAGCCCUACUCUAGGGUUUCCUGGGGGUAUUUGCCCUACCGUUGGUGUCGGUGGCCACUACAGUGGAGGAGGCUAUGGCACAUUGUUAAGAAAAUACGGCCUAGCCGGAGAUAACGUUAUUGAUGCAAGAAUAAUUAACACUAAUGGCAUAAUUCUUGACAGAAAGUCAAUGGGGGAGGACCUUUUCUGGGCCAUUAGAGGCGGAGGAGGUGCCAGUUUCGGCGUGAUCACUGCCUGGAAAGUCCAACUGGUGGAUGUUCCAAAAACCGUCACAGUAUUCUCAAUCAAUAGGAAUGUUGAACAACAAAAUGGCACAGAACUGUGGCACCGCUGGCAAUACGUGGUGCCCCAAGCCGACAAAGAUUUGUUCGUAGGAGUCAUCGUAUCCAGGGUGAAUACGACGGUCCAAGUUAACUUCUUCUCAGUAUUCCUAGGCGGCGCCGACAGUUUAUUUUCAUACAUGCAAGAAAUCUUCCCAGAGUUAGGGCUGAAGAGAGAAGACUGCUUAGAAAUGAGCUGGAUCCGAUCCACCUUAUUUAGCAACCAAAUGCCAAUCAAUCCACUUGAAACUUUGCUCAACCGGACCCAGGCCGGUCUUAGGCAGCUCAAAGCCAAGUCGGAUUAUGUUCGAACUCCCAUUCCUUUGAACGCGAUUAAAGGCAUGGUGACUUUGUUGCGUGAACUAGAAGCAGAUGAGACUAUUUACUACAUGGUGCCAUAUGGAGGAAGAAUGGGUGAAAUACCAGAAUCGCAGACUCCGUUUCCUCACAGAGCCGGUGUACUCUACAAACUUGCCGGCUUGACUUACUGGCAAAACGCUAAGGCUGCAAACGCGAGCAGUUACAUAAGUUGGAGUCGCAGGUAUUAUCAAUACAUGACUCCUUAUGUCUCAAGCUCGCCCAGAGAAGCAUACUACAACUACAGAGAUCUUGACAUUGGAGUGAAUAACCCUAAUGGGAAGACAAGUUACGCACGAGCCAGCAUUUGGGGGAAGCCAUAUUACAAGGAUAAUUUUGAUCGUCUUGUUCGGGUGAAGACAGUUGUUGAUCCGACCAAUUUCUUCAAGAAUGAACAGAGCAUUCCUAACACAGGUAGUACCGACAUGGGAGUCGGAGAAGAUGCUCAUGAACAGACAGGCUCUUCGAUAGCUCAAGUGGAGGAAUCAAAGUAUGUAGUAGUAGCGCCAUACAAGAGACCACGCGGACAGACGAGGCCACGUGAUCAGUUUGCGGAUUACGUGCCUGAUAAAAGCUAAUCGUAGCUUUAGUUUUCCCUUUUUGAGUUAUUUCCUUUUGAGUUAUUUUGUUAUUUAAUUUAUGUAACGAGGUCGGGCUUUCACCGUCCCUAAAAUUGAGUUGAUCGGUAGUUUAACGCCCCACUUUUUAAACCCUAAAUUUUUUGCAAUUAAUAUUUUUA